GUCUAUCUUCAUCAUGAUUAUGGAUACUAUUUAGCUUAGUUAGAAUAACUCCAUAUCUUUUCUUUAGUAUCUCUAUUAAGUCAGAUCUAUACAUCACGUGUAGACGCGCUUUGUAAUACAUCGUUGAUUUCUACGCGUUGCCUCAUUGGCCAUUCAUAGACAUAAAUGAAAGAACGAUGAAAAAUUUUGAAUUUGUUUCUUUCUUCUUUUCUAAUUUCUUUCAUGGACGUCUUUGGAAACAGUACUGUCGAGUUCAACUGGCUCGAGACAAAAUGGGAGCAAAUGUAUGAGGGUCGCAAUCCUCUUGUUGUUACCGGUGUCUUUGCUUUCUUGAUGCACGAAUUAGUGUAUUUCGGUCGUUUUAUUCCCUUUUUGAUUUGUGAUUUUAUUCCUUAUUUCCAAAAAUACAAGUUACAAGAGGCUAAAGAGAACAGCAAUGCUGAUUAUUGGAACUGCACCAAAAAAGUGCUUUAUGCUCACUUUAUUUUUGAAGGCCCUUUAAUUUUCUUAUUCCAUCCCUUUGCUACCUUUUUAGGCAUGAAAGUUUCUGCCCCCUUCCCCGCUUGGCAACAAAUGGCAGUUCAGAUUGCCAUCUUUUUUAUCUUUGAAGAUUUUUAUCAUUACCAUAUGCAUCGCUUUAUGCACUGGCCACCUUUUUACAAAAAAGUGCAUAAGGUGCAUCAUGAAUAUUCUGCUCCUUUUGGUAUUGCUGCUGAAUAUGCUCAUCCUAUUGAAACAAUGAUUUUGGGUUUUGGUACAAUUGGUGGUCCUCUUAUUUACCAUGCCUGUGCCACACUUAUGUUUGACUUUGGUGAUGCUUGGAACCUUCAUUUGAUUACGAUGCUUUUAUGGAUUGUCCUCCGUCUCUUCCAAGCUAUUGAUGCUCAUUCCGGUUAUGAUUUCCCUUGGUCCCUCUGUCAUUGGGUUCCCUUUUGGACAGGCGCUGAUCACCAUGACUACCAUCAUCAAGCCUUUAUUGGUAACUAUGCCAGUAGUUUCCGUUGGUGGGAUUACUUGUUUGGCACAGAUGUCAAAUAUCGUGCUUAUCGUCAACGCCAAGCUGAAGAAAAGCGCAAGCUAAAAACGAACUGAACUAGAAUAGAUGCCCCUCCUUACU